AUGGCUGCACUUCCAAAAAGAAUAUCCAAGGAAACCCAACGGUUGGUGUCGGAUCCCGUGCCCGGCAUCACCGCUGUGCCUUCAGAAGACAACUUGAGGUACUUUGAAGUGUGUAUUGAUGGUCCUUCUUCUUCACCAUAUGCUGAUGGCAAGUUCAAACUAGAACUUUAUUUACCUGAUGAUUAUCCCAUGUGUGCACCCAAAGUGCGGUUUCUCACCAAAAUCUACCAUCCCAACAUAGAUAAAUUGGGCCGUAUUUGCUUGGAUGUAUUGAAAGAUAAUUGGAGUCCGGCGUUGCAAAUCAGAACGAUUUUGUUGUCUAUCCAAGCGUUGUUGGGUGCGCCAAACCCUGAUGAUCCGUUGGCCAACGACGUUGCAGAGGACUGGAAGAAGGACGAAAAGGCUGCUAUCGAGGUGGCGAAGGAGUGGACGCGAAAGUAUGCGACGUAG